GCAUGCACAUAGGAAAGCCAUAGACGUAUCGAAGAGACGUGCAGCAUACUCGUGCUUCCGCUGGCGUCUCCUCUUCACAAGUCCCAUGCACGAUAUAUUUUAUGUAGCAGCAAACAGCGCUGAUUGAAUAAGACGGAGUGAUUUAUUUUCCUGCUUUACAUAGAAAUAUUAGGCUUCCUCCUGAUUUUAAAACUUUGGACGUGUUAUCUUGUUUAUAAACUAAACACUGUGAUACCGUGCUUAUAAAAAAUUCCUCUAACCGACGUUCAUGGAUAAGCUGGUUAGGUUCGCGAAAUCGCUUUUCAAACGGAAAUCAUCACAUGGAUCAGAGGAGCCAAAACAACGCCCGUGGGAGAUACCAUACACCAACGAUUUCACCGUCAACCUGGAGAAUAGCUUCGCUGUUAAUAUGUUCACAGCGCUCACUGCCAGUUCCCGCGUUAAUGACGAGAAUUUGGCGGUGUGUCCGUGCGCAGUCCAGGUUGUUCUGACGGCCAUCCUGCCGAUUGUCGAUGAGCAAGUCCGCUUGGGACUUACCAAUAUCCUGUGCCCCAACGGGCGAUCACUCGAUGAUCUACAAGCAUCACUGGACACUGCCAGCACUAACGGCGCUUUGAAUAUGGUUAAUGCUGUUUUCUACAACGAUACGUACCAGCUACUCUCACUGCGGAAGGAAAACCUUAGCGCCGAUAACGACAACCGAUAUUGUCCAUCAGGAACGUUGUUGACCAAAAUGAAUUAUUUGGCAAUGUCGGUUCAAAAAAUUCCGGAAGAAGGCGUCAACAGUGCGCAGAGUGAAGACGCUGAUCUGGUUAUACGCGAGGCAGCAACACGGCGCACACCACACCUUCAGCUGGCCAGUAUCUGCCAGUUUACCGGCGCCUUUGAGCGGCCGUUGUUUCACGGUGGACCGAGAAUUUUCACCUGCCCCGGCAAUGUGCAGAAGACGGUGGAUUUUAUGGUCUGCAAGUUCACGCUAGGCGUGCGCUGCCACAACGUCAGCGUUAAUCGUGAAAACGCCGAGCCGAGCGACCCGCAGAUGAUCAUCCUCAACGUGGAGGGCCGACAGUCCAGCGUCAUGCUGCUCCUACCGCCCCCGGACAGCGGCGAGACGAUAGGCUUGCUGGAAGAGCGGCUGACGGUGGAGCGGCUGCUGCGCUGGCGCGAGAAGAGCAGCGAGCUGCCGCUGCACAUUGUUUUCCCGAAAUUCCGCAUCAGCUGCAGUAUCGACCUGCAGCCGAUGCUCACCGCGAUGGGAUUGGGUGUGUUGUACGAUGAGUCAGCGGCAGAAAGCGUUGACCAUGGGCUCGAUGCGUCAGCAAACGGCUCGCUGCCGAUCAGUGAAUUUAGAGAGCAAAUUGUUUUAGACAUCAGUGAGUACGGCGUUGCAACUUCAGCGUUUAAAUGGAAUCGCCUGGCGCCACUCAUUGCGGGAACCGGUCCAGAUUUCGUGGUAGAUAGACCAUUCUUAGUGAUCAUCUGGAACGAGAUCGCCAAUGUUCCUCUUCUUAUUGCACGCGUGGCGGAUCCGGCUUCCUCCUUGUAUUAGGUUGCAGCCUGCAGAUAGUAAAGUGCAACUGCUAGUCCGAAUUGUGGACAAACAUCUGUGCUCAUCGUGUAUUUGCUUCUUUAUGGCCGGAAACUGCGUAUGAUAUCUUUUCCUCCAUUCUUCUGAAUUGUUGUAUCUCUGUGUCAUCUCUCUUCUCCGUUGUGUCUCGGUACCAUCUCGUUGUAUGCUGCAUACAAUGGUGUUUGCUCGCAUCACAGAAAAACUUAAUUUGUAAAAGACACAGAGCUUAUGAUUGCAACUGUAAAACACACUGGAAAAUAAAUGUAAAAAU